CUCUUGCAAUGAGCGCAGCGGCUGAGAAUCGCUGGUCCCGGGGCGGCCCUCAGCAGCAGCAGCGCCAGAACAGACAGCAAGGCCAGAACGCGACGCAAGACCGCUCUGGCACGAACGCACCCAACCGUCAAGAUACUAGUCGCCAAGCCAUACCUUCUUCGUCCUCCGGUAAUGCUUGGGCCGGACAGGACAGAAAUUCGCGGAGCGGAUCCGCUGCAGGAGGCGACCGCAGAAGUACACCAGUGCCGGCUGCACCGCAAGUAAGCGGUAAAGCUGGCGCGCCUGCAUAUGCGCCGAUCAGAGGCUUCAACUCCACUGAAGUCAAAAAUUUCCUCACAAAGAACUACAAAGAAGCCAUUGGCUCGGGUUCCGGCGAUCCACAUAUGAAAGUGCAAGGGGACUCGGUAUCAAAGCGAAGUAGCGGCGUAUGGACCAAGAAUCAAGUUGACGCGAAGAACAUGGCAAACGGACAAAAUUUCUGGUCGCAGCUUUCGCUGCAAGUUCAAAAGGCAGAGCAGGGAAAAUGAGACCAUUGCGAUGAGCGGAGACUAUUCACAGGCAAGAAUCAAGUGCGCGAGCUGGUGUCUACGGGUUGAAACACCUACAGUAACCAGCAUGCGCGUCGUUACAGGAGACAAUGUUAGGACCACGGCCCUAGCCUGCAUGGAUGGGGGUCACAGGGCUCACAAAGUCGGCUGUAACUUGCAAACUGUCGUUAUAGACGGGACUCGAUACUACAUACGUAGCAAUAAAGUCUGUCUUUUAGUGAACGGAAA